CAUGACCCAGUUCGUCACGUGCGUUGAGAAUCUCGUGGCCCAGUGCCGGAACACGAGCCAGGCGCUCGUGCUGGACAGACUGGUCAACCCAAACAGGGUCAAGGCCGCUCUCCCCAUCCUGUGUGAGCGACAAGACGAUAUCCUUGCCUCGGGUGAGUGUAUGAACAAAGUCAUGGGACAAGACUCCGAGUGCAAGAACCAGGCCUACGAGAAGAUCAAAACGGAAAUGUCCAAAUCGAUGAGAAAUGUCACGGCGACUUUUUACAUUCAGUGCAGCUUCUUCAACUCGCUGGCGGCCUGUCAGAGGGACGCCCUGUCCGAAUCUUGUGGCCACGGUCUGGGGGAACUCCACGCCCAGUUCCUGCUCUCGUUCAUCCCCAGCUCGUGUGCUCAGAGUUAUCCCCCGUCGGCUAAAAAUAAAACGGCGCCACCCAGCAACGACACCGGUAGCGACGUCACAGCCACCACUACACACGCUGACGUCACAUCCGGCAGCACGCCCCAGACGUCUGACACACUGACCCAGCCAUCGCGCAAGACACACGUGAUCGCCAAGAAGAAGUCAGGCAACACAGCUGUUGGUUUACACACAACAUGGGCCCAUUUGUGGCAACUGCUUUUAUCUUUAGGGCUAAUAUUAAAAGCGUUGUAGGUCUGGUAUAUGUGUGUGU